GUGCACUCUCCCACAGUGAGGAACCCGGCAGAGCACAGACAGGACUCGAACGGAUUGAACAUGUGCGACGAGGAAGAGACCACGGCACUGGUUUGUGAUAAUGGCUCUGGAUUGUGUAAGGCUGGCUUUGCCGGGGAUGAUGCACCUCGUGCCGUCUUCCCUUCCAUCGUUGGACGCCCUCGUCACCAGGGUGUUAUGGUUGGUAUGGGUCAGAAAGACAGCUAUGUAGGCGAUGAAGCUCAAAGUAAGAGAGGUAUCUUAACCCUGAAAUACCCCAUUGAACAUGGCAUCAUAACAAAUUGGGAUGAUAUGGAAAAGAUCUGGCACCACACUUUCUAUAAUGAGCUUCGUGUAGCUCCAGAAGAACAUCCAACUCUGCUGACUGAGGCUCCACUAAACCCCAAAGCUAACCGUGAAAAGAUGACCCAGAUCAUGUUCGAGACCUUCAAUGUGCCAGCUAUGUAUGUUGCUAUCCAGGCCGUCCUGUCUCUUUAUGCAUCAGGCCGUACAACUGGUAUUGUGCUGGACUCUGGAGAUGGUGUCACCCACAAUGUGCCAAUCUAUGAAGGCUAUGCCUUGCCCCACGCUAUUAUGCGUCUGGAUCUGGCUGGUCGUGAUCUCACUGACUACCUCAUGAAAAUCCUUACUGAACGUGGCUAUUCUUUUGUCACCACAGCUGAACGUGAAAUUGUACGUGACAUUAAGGAAAAGUUGUGUUACGUGGCUCUUGACUUCGAAAAUGAGAUGGCAACAGCUGCAUCCUCCUCCUCUUUGGAGAAAAGCUAUGAGCUGCCUGAUGGUCAGGUUAUCACCAUAGGCAAUGAGCGCUUCCGCUGCCCAGAGACUCUUUUCCAGCCAUCCUUUAUUGGAAUGGAGUCAGCAGGUAUCCAUGAGACCACAUAUAAUAGUAUUAUGAAGUGCGAUAUUGACAUCAGAAAGGAUUUGUACGCCAAUAAUGUACUGUCUGGUGGUACCACUAUGUACCCUGGCAUUGCUGAUCGCAUGCAGAAGGAAAUCACUGCAUUAGCCCCCAGCACCAUGAAAAUCAAGAUCAUUGCUCCUCCUGAACGUAAAUACUCUGUCUGGAUCGGUGGCUCCAUCUUGGCCUCUCUGUCCACCUUCCAGCAGAUGUGGAUUAGUAAGCCGGAGUAUGAUGAAGCCGGUCCAUCUAUUGUACACCGCAAAUGCUUUUAAACUGUUGUCUCUUGUCGACUUUGUUUCUUUUUUUGCAAAGAAAACUGUGAAUGUGCAAUUAAAGAAAUAUACUUUCUACUGUUUCAUUCCAUUGCUCUGUCACUUGGGAUUUCUUGUAGCUUUAUCUGAAUGAAUGGGAUUUUUUAAAAUAAAGUAAGAAUGUGCUGCC